ACUGCGCAUGCGUGGCUCCGGGAGCGAACAGCGUGGCGAUCGGCGAUACGCUGUGUCCCUCAGACACAGCAGAUCACCGAUCCAUGGAAAGAGCCGAAGAUGUCGGCUCGGUCAUGUGAUCAGCUGUGUCCAAUCACAGCUGAUCACAUGGCACUGAUGAUCAGUGUGCCCUGAUGAUGUGUGUAGCCCCAGCAGUGCCACCUGUCAGUGUCCAUCAGUGCCAGCUGUCAGUGCUCAUCCAUGCCACCUGCCAGUGCCCAUCAAUGCCACAUUUCAGUGCCUACCAGUGCACAUUAAUGCCACAUAUCAGUGCCCAUCUGAGCUGCCUUUCAGUGUCACCCAUUAGUGCCAGUCAGUGCCACCUAUCAAUGCCAAUCAGUGCCACCUAUCAGUGCUGCAAAUCAGUGCCACCUAUCACUGCCAGUCAGUGCCACCUAUCAGUGCCUCCUAUCAGUGCCAUAUAUGAGUGCUGCCUUUCAGUGCCCAUCAGUGAUUCC